UGGUCCCUAUCGAAUUCACCAAAAGAAAAAAAGAUACUUUCUUUAUACAUCUUAAAGAGUGAUUAUUUUUGCUCUUAAUAACUAUUGAAUGUUUUUUUAAAAAAAAAAAAAAGGAACAUUCGCUAGAGAUAACAUUCUUAAAUAAUGAAGCAAAAUUGAAGACACUUUUAUUUUCUAGAAAAACGUUUCACAAUAUUCCAUGACUCAAUUUUGUUUCUGUCUGUUUGUUGUUUAGUUUCUAUACAAACAAAAUGUCUAGAUCUAUAUUUUAGCAUUGAAACUGUAGGUCUAAUAUUAUCUCCCUUUUGUCAUUGUAGACGCAACCCGGUAUGUUUCCUUUCAACAUGUACUUCAUAGCAUAUUUUUAAAGGUACCUCCUGCUCCUGACUUAUCGCCGCCUCUACUUUUUAUAGACGCCUCUUAAAUACACCACUGCAUCUUCUUGGUUUAGUUCAGAAAAAUAUUUAGGUCUACUUUUUUUUGGUCUUUUAACACUUUUUUUUUUUGGUCCUAUUCAGACCAAACGAAUGUCUUCAAUUUCUGGCCAUCAAUUUAUCUCGGUAGAUUUAACUAAUGGUCGUCUGGUAUCGUAUUACUGACUCAUUAGCAUAAAUGUUAUUAUGCUCUGUUAUCUAUUAGAUGUAGAGAGUGAGCAGUAUAUGUGUCAGAGAGAUCAAAUGAAGUCACAUUACCUUGACCAAAAGGUUCACUCAUUACAUGCGUGAGAUUCGCAGUGUGUGUGAGCACAGAAAUUGUUAUCAAGUGAGAUUUCAAGAUUGUUGAAGAGAGUUUCUUGUGAGUUUGAAGCUAGACAUAGUUCGCUUUUUUUUUUUUUUUUUUUUUUAUAAAUGUACCAGUUCACAAUUGUUUUUUACAUGACAUUUGAUGUUGAUUUUAUUUUUUGAAAGACUUUUUCUUGAACCAUUUCAUUAAAAUUGUAGCUCGUGUCGCUGUAGCGACGUAUCAAACGCUGUAGCGACGCAAACGCUGGAGCGACGUAUCAAACGCUGUAGGGACGUAUCAAACACUGGAGCGACGUAUCAAACACUGGAGCGACGUAUCAAACACUGUAAUAUUAACUUGCUACGUGACUUACCGCAUUUCAGUUUGGAAUUCCCAGAGACUGAAAUCUACUCUUACAAGUUACAGAUCUUACUUCAAAAAAGAUGAUUACGUCUUACCUGUGUACCUGUGUCAAUCUUUUCAUGCAUGUUAAUCAGUGACUUAAAUUCUGUCAAGGCGUUGGUUUUUCUAGCUGAUUCAUGCAAUCUAUUCCAUGCUCUAAUAGUAGGCUACUAGGAAAGGACCAUCUGUACAAAUUUGUCCUAGCAUAUGGAAUAAGAAUUGUAGGCCUACCUUUAUCUUUGUGUCUUUCUGAGUAUUUUUAUUAGGUUUUAGUUUGUAUUUGAAGAUUAUGGUUCAGUGUUUUAUGUAUAAUUGCUUCUUUACUUUUGCGUCUUGAAGCGUUUCUACAUUUCUAUAUUCUGCGUCUGUUUCAUUUUCUUUGUUUUCUUGGGGUUGGGGGGCACUUGGCCUAACCAAUUUUAACUAAAAUUUAAGUUUUAUGUUCUUGUUUAAUUUGGAAAAAUCUCUUUAAUAAACCAUACUGUAUUAUUUGAUUGCAAAAAUAAUUUCGUCAAUAUGAGGAUCCCAUGAUAUAAGUGACAUAAUAUAAGUAUAAGUAUGUUUUUAAAACAAAUUGUGUUAAUACUUCAGACUGACUUGAAGAUGACACAAAUCAUCUAGUGACUUAAAGAUUGAACCUGACGUAUUUAGCUGUAUCUAGAUUGUUUGUUUUACAGUCUACUUAAUAUGGAAAUGUUGGUUUCCAUGUAGAUUCUACAUAACAAUCAUUCUCAGGAGACUAUGGAUACGCCCAGUUAGUUUCUCUCUUAAAGCACACGCCUUGGCUUUGAGAUAUAAGGAUACUGAAUUGCGGCUGAUACUCAUGUAUCAGGAUAUCUCGUCUCCAUGGUUCGAGUCCAGCCCGCCCCUUGUCGUCCCAAACGAAGUUUUGUCUAAGACUUUGUUCAACAAGUUCAACAUUUGGCAGAAACUCAGUUACAGAAGCUACAUUCAGGAAUACCAACUCGCCCUUUCACUCUUGAGGGUUUGGAGUUCCACUCAACCUGACCAGGCUGAUCAGCUCUAUCUACACAUUUGCCUUUAUAAUGAACACACUUGUUAAUAAGAACAGCAGUUACAAAGCCCCGUUUAAACAUAUUGUUUUCCCAUGUUCGUCUGCAGGCAGAUGUCGCUGUACACGCAAGUAUUUCGCCAGUCUAGAAAUCAGUUCAUCCGCCAUCUGUCUUCCUUCAGGUAUGAAGAUUUGCAGGUCACAAUGACCAAAACUCCAGCCCUGAAACCAGACGAGAAAAUCAUCAAAUUUGGUUCUCAUUUUUCGGACCACAUGCUAGAAAUCAAUUGGUCCGAAGAGAAAGGUUGGGGAGUUCCAAAGAUCAAACCAACGACCUCAUUUCAGAUGCACCCAGCUUCCAAAGUUUUGCAAUAUGCUUCUCAGGCUUUUGAAGGUUUGAAAGCCUACAGGUGUGUGGAUGGUCAAAUUCGAUUAUUUCGACCUAAUGAGAAUUGUAGGCGAUUAAAGACAUCCGCCCAACGCAUCGGCUUGCCGGAUUUUGAUCAGAUUGAAUUGUUAAGAUGUUUGAAGAAAUUAAUCAGCAUUGACCAUGAAUGGGUGCCCCAAUCUAUUAAUAGUUCACUGUAUAUACGACCUACAUUUAUUGGGACAGAGCCCACUUUAGGAGUUAACAAUUCUAGCAUGGCCAAAUUGUUUGUCAUUACAAGUCCUGUUGGAUCCUAUUUUCCUACUGCCCUAGAGCCUCUGAGUCUACUGGCAGACCCACAUUACAUCCGAGCUUGGCCCGGUGGAUGUGGUAGUUACAAAAUUAGCAGCAACUAUGCUCCAACUGUGCCAAUUCAGAGUCAAGCCCUCAAGAAAUAUGGAUGUCAGCAAAUGUUGUGGCUAUUUGGAGAUGAUCAUCAGAUGACAGAAGCUGGCACUAUGAAUCUUUUUAUUUACUGGGUCAAUGAACAAGGAGAGAAAGAACUUAUAACGCCACCUCUCAAUUCAGGAUUAGUGUUACCUGGCAUCACACGCAAAUCCAUCCUAGAACUCUGUCUUGAAUGGAAAGAAUUUAAAGUUUCUGAGAAAUCUAUUUCAAUGAAAACAUUUAGUGAAGCUUUAAAGCUAGGACGUGUUAAAGAAGUAUUUGGAGCAGGAACUGCCUGUGUUGUAUGUCCAGUCAACAAAAUUCUAUAUCUCGACCAAGAACUUUCACUUAAAAUAGACACACACAAUAGUCUGACUCAGAGAAUUUACAAAGAGCUGAUUGAUAUUCAUUAUUAUCGCAAGCCACAUCAUUGGAUGGAGGAUGUUGAUGACGAAGAAGAGAGUAUCACAGAUCGUGGUUAAGAGACAUUGUUCUUAAGAAAGACAGAUAGGAUUAACCCUGACAGAAUGUAACUAGAUGCUUUCUCACUUCUUGAUGAACUCUUUCCUUAAUUUUAAUAAAUGUAUUUUGAGCUAGAUAUUUAAAAAUAGUAAGCUCUUUUCUAGAAUUUCAAAUUCAUUUCGUAUGCAUGUUUUUAAUUAAAAACUUGUUUCAUUAAAAACUAUUCUUUAUGAUAAAGCCAUUAAAAUUUUGUUAACUUUCUUUUAUUUUUAUUUGCUUUUUUUUCCCCCAUUAAAAAAUAUUAGUGCACACACAAACACACAUGCAUAUAUGACAUUAUAUAUCUUCAAGCAUUUUUCUAGAUUACAUCUUGAGAAUAUGAGCAUUCCAAAGAAGAUUUUUGCUAGCUAUCAGAGAGGUGGUAUUGCUGCUGGCCCCGUCAUCUGAAUUUUCAUCAAUGGACAUUAUUAUGGAAAGACUAAAGUGAAUUUUGUUUAACUUAAA